AUGCCCGAGCCGGGGUGCACCAACAAGCACGCGCAGUGCUCGCUGGGGCGUUGCAAUUGCCCGGACCUGUACUGCGCGGUCCCUGGCACCAAAGAGUGCGUGCCCCAGCUCGUGUACGAGGGCGCCCGCCCCGGCGACUUCACUCGCGGGCCCUGGCUGAGGGCGUUCACGUGGCUCGGCAGCCCUGAUCAGUUCCCGAACAUAGCGCAGCUCGUGGAGCAACCCGAAGGGCUGAUCUCGCCUCGCUGCCUUCCCGCCGUCCUCCUGCUGCUCGUGGGCCUGGCCAUCGCGGUCGUCACAGGGGUGGAUCUGUGCGAGGACCUGGUCCGGUGCGUAUUCUGCAAGCGCGCCUUCAGGGAGUCAGACGUCCCAGGCGAGACCCACCAGAAGGACAACAUGACGCUGGUCGGCCUCGAGUGGGUGGACGAGGAGCAUCCGGACAGGCACAAGAAUGAGAAGGAGCCCGCCUGCACGCCAGUGGCAGCCCUGGCCGCGAUGGUCGUGGUCUUCAGCAUCUCGGCGGUGCUCGGGCGGCUGGGCAACUGGCGGAUCACCACCGACAUCCUGAUCUCGCUGUUGGAUAGGCUGAAGGGCAACGCACAGAUGCUCCAGAGCAACAGCGUCGUCCUCAACUACACCGCCUCGAACCUGAGCUACACGUUCUCGCGGAUUGCGAACUGCAGUCAGAAUCCCCUGAUGUCUUUGGUCGGCGGUCUGGCGGUAAACUCCACACAAGAGUUGGCCACGAGUGUGUCCCAGUUCAGGAACGAGUUGUCGAACGUGCCCGAUAAGGUCGAUUCCAUCGAGCUGGAGAUCAAGAGUUUCCAGACGCUGGCCGUCUACCUGCCUUGUGCCCCGAUGAUCCUCAUGUCCCUCAUCGCCGCGGGCAUGCUGGCGGAGGUUCUGCUUACCAGGUAUUACGGAUCAGCCAAGACGGCCAAGUACGAAGAGAAGGGCCUUGCUGUAUGUGCAGGCGUCUUCGUAUUGAUCAUCGCCGUGGUGGCCGUCACAUGUGCUGCCCUACUCUCCAGCGUGAUAGGCGUUGCCCAGCAGUGUGAUGACAUCGAUACCAAUGUGGUGGAAUAUCUCAAGCAUGAGACUCAGCACAGGAAGCUGGACCCGAUUCUGCUCAACAUAACACGGCAUUACCUCUUCGACGACGUCUAUAACCCGUUGGGGCACUUCGCAGACGAAAUCUACAAUUAUGUCGAAACAGUGGAGGAGUUGGUCGAAGAGUACAACCAUUCCAUCGUUUAUCCACAGUCGCUCACGUGCAAGCCUCUGAACGACUUACAUGUCGAUCACAUUGGUAACGUCACCAAGGAGACUUUGGCGGUGGCAAGGGAUCUGUUCAAUGCCACCAACAUCUACCCGUAUUACCAGGAGGUUGUGCACGCCGGCAUAUGCAACCAUAUUCCGCAAAGCGUAGGUCUAUCGAAGACGCCUACGCAGGCGGUCGUGGGACUGAUCUUUUUCCCCUUGUGCGCGUGCUGGACCCACAACUACCUCGCACACCACGUGAGCGCGCAGCGGCCAGGGCGCCCAGAAGCGUCGGACGACGAAGAUACGGAGGGCGUUACCGAUGACGCAGACGAUGGGCCGCGGAAGCUCGCGACGGUGGCGCCCAGGGAGCUCGGGCGCUGA